AAGAAAAAUCUGAUUAUGCCAGCGAAAUUUAUUUCAAAGCCAUCAACUGCUCAAAAUGUAGGCCACUAUAAAAGCGUGAAGUGGUUGACGAGCACCACAUCAGACCCAAUUCGACAAGCGUUCGUUAAUCACGAAAUCGUCAAGAAAAUGAGCAACUCAAAUAAUAAAGCUUUAAUCCACAUUCUGCUUUGUUUGGCGGCAAUUCAAAGUCUCACUGCGCUCGAUGCUGACCUAUACAAACUGUCUGGCAAACGCAAACCUUUAGUAACACGCCAGGAUCCUUCUGAUUUGGAUGAUUACAAACGCAUAAAACGCCAAGUGCCGCAGCCCAUGCAGGAGUUCCAGGAUUUCACAACAUCUAUGAAAGUCCAAUGCGCUACAGAAAUGGGUUUCAAGCCAAAUGAGUAUGAAAAAUCGUUGCUUCACGAAGAUCAACCAACACCAAAGGAGAAGUGCCUGAUGGAGUGCAUUUUGAAGCGCAUGGAAGUGAUGGAUAAGAACAACUCAUUGUCGACGCCGGCAGUCGGGCGCAUUGCGGACAUAAUUGGCAGCAACAAUGCUUUGAUUACAUCGAUCGCUAUGGCAUCAGCAGAGAAUUGCAAGAAGCUCAUAAAUGCCGAGGACUCCUGCGAGCGGGCAUACCAAAUUAAUAAAUGCAUUGCUAAAGAGAUGAAGAUGCGCAAAAUUAAAUUAAUAUAUUAGGAAAUGGGCAACUUAGGCAGUCGCACAAGAAGCCACAGCUAAAUUUUUAAUUGCAGCAUUAAAUUAGUUUAGGAUUUAUGCCGAUGAGUUGAAUUAUUAAAAUUUUUCUGUUUUUGGCUUGCACUAUGAACUUCUAUAAGAAAACAAAGCAAAAAAAAAUAUGUUGUUGAGUCUUCAGAUUACACUUCUUAGUGCUGCACCUCAAUUAAAUAAAUUAAAUUAAAUUAUUUUAUAAUUGCAGUAGCGUACCCAUAUUGUCACCUAUUAUAGUUUACAAAUAUAGAAUUAUAACCAAACAUA